UGGCAUCUCACCCGUGAUCCCUUGCCCGCCCCUUUUCCCAACUGUUUACUGUGACCCACCACCCGCACCUAUAUCGAAAGAAGGACUUCAAUGCUAUUAUCUCUUCCGCAUUCGUUUCCGCGGCUGGUUCGGUCUGCUCGGGCACACCGGACGGGUAUUAUUCCAAGUCGGAGUCUCCCCUACAGCGCCCGCGAUCGCCGAGCCAUCUCCACUCGCGCCGAGAGUUACCCCAUACAAAUGUGCAGGGUGCCGAGAAGCGCUGCAUUGCACUCCGGGCCCUUAGCGAGGCGACGUACUCCUCCUACUAGGUCACCUAUCAUGCCACCCCAAGCGCAUUUUUCUUCGGCACCGGAGGCGAAGAAGAAGCCACAGGAGCCGCGGCCGAGUUCAAGUGUCAUUCUGCUGUCGCCCGAAAACCAGAUCUUGCUGCUCCAUAGGGUGCAGACAUCGUCGGCGUUUCCCUCCGCGCACGUAUUCCCGGGGGGAAACCUUUCCGACUUCCACGACGGAGAGGUGCCUGAACCCGGAAAGGCGGAGAGACACCAGGACUCGGAGCCGUACCGGCUCGCCGCCAUCCGGGAGACGUUCGAGGAGUGCGGGAUACUGCUUGCGCGGGAGGCCGGCGGCGGAGAGGCGCUCCUGAAUAUCGCGAGUGCCAAACGCGACCAGGCGCGCAAAUCGAUCUACGACAAUAGCGUCCGUUUCGUACAAUGGCUUCAGGAAGUCGGCGGCACCGCAGACACAGCGAACCUCCUGCCAUUUACUAGGUGGGUGACCCCUGCAGCGCUGCCCCGCCGCUUCACCACGCAGAUGUACAUUUACAUGCUCCCGCUCUCCACCAGCGACGAUCCCGUCGUAGCGGCGGCCCGGUCCGAAGCCAUCGUCCCAACCCCAGACGGGGGCGUCGAGAUCAACGCGGCGCGCUUCGACGCGGCGAGCACGUGGCUGGAACGGCAGCGCAGGGGCGAGAUCACCCUGUUCCCGCCCCAGCACUACUUGCUGCACGUCCUCUCCCGGUUCCUGACCGGGCCCCCCCCCGAUGCGCCUGGGCCGUCAGAGUUGGCCGCCCAUUACGGAUCGCAGAGAGAGAAGCUGAAGAGCUUCCUGGCUACGGUGCCUACGGCUACAGACCCCGAGGCCGCGGCACAUCAUACCUCCCAGAUUCCUUGGGCGGAUAAAGUCCUCUGCCCUAUCUCGCUCGGUGUACGGCGGAGCGACCAGAGGGUGAUAUUAGGCCUCGACAAGCCCGGCCCGGAGCUCGAGCCGACCGGCAGGGGCGGUGAUUGGGAAAACAUUGUUUUGGCGAGAUUUUCUAAGGGCCAUGUCAAGGAAGUUGAGGUUAAGGGAAGGAAGGAGAUGCACGCGGAGGAAAGAGAAUACGCAAAGAGGUCAAAGAAAUCUAGGUUAUAAAUGCGAGAGCCUCAAGAUUCGAGUUAUAGGUCAUCGGCAUAACUGGCCUCCCUAAAUCGCGAUCUCAUCGGUUCCCACGGAUACGUUCCGAGAACAAGUUAUCCUACGUGCUCAGACGGUCAAUACCGGCACUAUAAAUAUUCUAUCACCAAUGACUCAGGCAGUGCGGCCGCCGUGACUACUACCUCCCGUUCGGCUGCAAUUCGAGGAGUAUCGGAGAAAUUGCAGCGGCUAUCGGACAUGUCACAUCUCCGACUCACGAUUCUGUCACCAUGCAAACAAGACCGGCGACAGGUCGCACAUAAACCGCCCACGACCAACUGGUAUUUAAUACACGCACCAGAGCAGCCCAUAGAAAUCCACCGCGCCGUUUAUACGCUUCAGAGUCACCAACGCCACCUCGCAUACUACCACCAUCUCAACUAUGAAGCUCACCAUCACGCUACUCCCAUCCCUCCUCUGGCCCCUCUCCAGCGCGGCGCCCCCUCCCGCGGAGAGCCCUCCGCCCGGGGCCUCAGGGGCGCCCUUCGGACCCGCGAUCUCGGCGCUCCCGGAGCUGCACGGGAACCAGUCGUCUUCUUCCUCCUCCCAUGCCUCCUCUUCUUCUUCUCUGCCCCGGUGCCCUGCGCCCCUGCCGCACGCCCGCUCGCCGCUGUCGCCGCCGCCGGACUACGUAGCGACGACCGGGGCGCGCGAGGGCCAGAC